AUGGCCACCAAUGUGGAUGUUCUCGCCAACGAAUUCAAGACUCUGGAGCUUGAAGAAACCUCAAAAGCUCCCUUCAACCCUUCUUUGGAACAUAUUCCAGCCCUGGAAACCCCGAAGCCCGAAGAAACCUCGAAAGUUCCCUUCAACCCUUUUUUGGAACAUAUCCCAGCCCCGGGAAAGCUGGAAGAGCUUUUGAAGGAAACAAUCAAGCCUGCACUUAUCGAACGAAUUCUUCCAAAUGAUCCCUUUUUUACCCGGGCUGAAAAGCUUCGUGACAAAUAUGGAUUGCCGCAGCAAGGCUUUGAAAAUUUCCGACGACUGCUAUGCGGCAUUCGGAAUUUUCCAUGCAUUUUGCUUCAAAACCCAAAGAAUGAUGAGCUUGAAUUCGACAAAAUGGUCACGGGGACUUUUACAUUAGAUUGGCUGCAAAAAGUCUUGAGUGAUAUCGGAUUCAAGCUUGACGACAUAAUCAUCCUGGAAUUGUUUCCUAUGCUGACUGACACAUGGUUGGGAGAUAAUCAUGAUAAGCGCCUACAAGCCUUGCAUGAUAUGUUUGAGCUGACUCUUGAUUUUAUUCACGAGUUCAGGCUCCCCAUUAUCGUUGCAUGCCAAUGCUUCAGACCUAAGGAUGGUGGUCUCUAUGCUUCGUUCCGGCACGCUAAGCUUCGUGAUCUACGAUCAUCGCUAAACAGCGCACAAAAUAAAACGGUCUCUCAAUUCAACUACAAACAACACACAGCGCAUGUCGUGCAUGGCUUCCAUCCAGCAUACCGGCGGUAUCGAGAUGACGAUUAUCGCAAGAACCUGAUUGCAAUUCUUCGAUCUACAUUCAAUUCAUUGUUUGGCUCGUAUGCAGACUCCCGGAGGGAAUGUGAAGCCAGACUACUAUUGUCGGAGAGCCGUCAUAGCGAGUUGAUCAGAAGCUCGAUCGAAAGACUCCUCGAAAAGGCGAUUGAAUUUCAUUAG